AUGAACCUGGAGGACGUCCUGCGAGAGACACCCAUGGAGACGUUAGAGCGUGUGCGACAGCGGCUUAGACAGGAAAGCACAUCCACUAAUGCUAAGGGAACCCUACCAAGACCAACCUUCGGCGAUGGCACAGGACCUACCAGGGUGGGUAGUGUGAUUGCUGACAGCAUGCCAGUUAUGCCAGAGAUGGAUUUAGCCACUAUUCUUGAAGCUGCGGGAGUAGAUACAACGAAGAUGUCCUAUGCAGCAGUUAAUCUCGAUCAGGGUGAGCGAGAUAAGGAGAAGAGGAGCAUUCUCACUCUUUCAAGUUUAGAGUACACAGCCGACGCUUUCCCCUUCAUGGAUGCUGAUAGCGUCGAUGAAUCUGUGAUGCAUCUUACUGCAAUGCCCAUUAAGAAGCCUACUCCUAAAAGGCGGUCAACACUACCCGCUGCUAGGUCAUUUACUUCAUUGGGAGUGGCAGUCUCGGAGAUCUUGAAAAACGUAUCUCUCGAGGGCCCUCAGAUAUACUUUCAAACGUAUACUACACUCAAACCAUCCAAUAUAUCUAUUUCAGAUUGUGUGGAAGAUAGCUUGUAA